AUGACUCGUCUCGCCUCCGUGACAGCUUUGUGCCUCCUUGCUUUGGUCAUUCCCUCCGGUUUGGCUGGGCCAGCUUGUGCAACAAAGAAUUAUCGACAGCAGCAAUGUAUCGAAAGAUGUAAAGCAAAAUGGGGCUAUCCAGGAUCCCUGAUGGGUAGUUCUCGUUGGGGUCCUGUUAUGCGCAAGGGGACAGAUAAGUCUACCCAAGCCAUGGACGCUGCAGUUUCACAGGCAUGCGGAUUUGGAUCGUCCUCAGCUGACAUCCAAGGCGCAGUUGCGGGCGCGUCGGCCUCGAUAACGAGCAGUCUGAGUAGCAGCGCACAGACUGCGCAAAGUACCACACAUUCUCUAACCGCAUCAAUCACGUCUUCUUCAUCAUCCACUACCAGUUCGUCUUCCAGCUCAUUCUCGCUCACUAGCGAGACUGGUGCCAAUUUGUUUGACACCGUCGUACCAACGUCAACCUCGAUUUUCAGCACUAUUACCACUAGCACAUCUCCCAGCCUAACUUCCACUUCCACUUCCACCACCCAAGAAUCCACAUCGACGUCUGAGCCUCCUCCACCGCCGCCACCAACCUCCACAACCUCAUCUUCUGAAGCUACCCCUACUUCCGAGUCUGGAAAUAAUGGGUCUGGGUCCGACCAAGGCACCAAAGAUCAAGGUUCAGGUUCUUCCAACUCAAACUCUGGUUCCACCCCCAACAGCGACAUCCAGACAUAUCUUAGCGCACACAAUUCUAUUCGUGCUCAACAUGGUGCAGCCGACCUGACCUGGAGUGACGAUGCUGCAAAUAAGGCUCAGACAUGGGCCAACAAUUGUAAUUUUGAACAUUCUGGCGGUAAGCUCGGCGCUUUCGGUGAAAACUUGGCGGCAGGAACUGGCGGCUCCUAUGGCAUUACAGCGGCCAUUAAAUCUUGGACUGACGAAGUCAAGGAUUAUAAGGCCAGUAAUCCUGUGGCUUCCCAUUUUACGCAGGUGGUAUGGAAGGCGACCACUCAGGUCGGCUGUGCCGUUACCUCUUGCGAUGGUAUCUUUGAUGCCAGCUUUGGCCCAGCCAAAUUUUACGUCUGUGAAUACUUCCCUCAAGGCAACGUUAUUGGCAAAUUUGACACCAACGUCCAGGCUUGA